AUGAACGCAGCAGACGUCACAAAAUCUGCACCAACGACUGUGGUUCCAAGUGGAAAGCCGACCAUCCUCCAUCUUGGCGAUGACAUUCGCUGGAACCACGAUCUUUACACCGAACUAUCGCUGAAGUUCAACAUCAUCAGAACCCAUUCGAUGGGACGGGAUGACUUCAAGAGCGCACUGCAAGAAAAAACGUGGGGCAACUUCGUAGGCAUGUACCGCCCAUUCUGGAACACAGGUGGCGAGAUGGGAAACUGGGACGUAGACCUGAUACCGCUCCUACCCAAAAGUUGUAAAGUCUUUGCCUCCGCCGGCGCGGGCUUCGACUGGGUUGACACGAAGCUGCUCGCUCAGCACGGCGUUGUGUAUUGUAACUCGGCGUCUGCGUGCACCGAGUCCGUAGCCGACGCCGCCGUGUUCCUCAUCCUGGCCGUGUACCGAUUGUUCUCGUGGUCGGUGCAGGCCGCGCAUUCGUGCGACCCAGAACAGUUCAGAGAUGCCAUGGGCAAUAUUGCGGCGGUGACGCACAAUCCCAAUGGCUCAACGCUAGGGAUUGUGGGCCUAGGGAGGAUCGGGUACAGAAUUGCGCAAAAGAUGAGGGCGUUUGAGAUGAAUGUGAUGUAUCAUGAUGUUGUGCGGAUGGAAGAGCGCGAGCGGGAAGUUGACGCUGGAUGGUGCGACACGCUGGAAGAGCUGUUGGGGAAGAGUGACUGUGUGCUUAUUGCUGCGCCAUUCGCUGGGCAAGUCCUGUUAGGCGAGAAAGAGUUCGGAUGGUUCAAGAGAGGUGCGAGAUUAGUGAACGUUGCGAGAGGAAAGUUGGUAGAUGAGGAUGUGUUGGUCACAGCGCUUGACGAUGGAGUUUUGAGUGCGGCAGGCCUUGAUGUGCACGCUGAUGAGCCGUAUGUGAACAAAGAGCUGGCCACAAGACGAAACGUCAUGAUGCUCAGUCAUACGGCAGGAGCCAGUGUAGAGAGUCACAUUGGGUUUGAAAGGCUGGGUUUGGAGAACCUUCUGGGCUGGUUGGACAGGGGUGAAGCUGGAUUGGUGAGCCCAGUGAAUCUACAGUGGCUUAGGCGAGACGCAUGA